AUGAGCAAACGAAACAGACAAGAUUUUGAAAAUCAUCAAUUCAUUAAUUCGGAGGAAAUAUUCACUAACAAUUUUAAUAAUAAUAAUAUGGAAGAGAAAUCAAAAAAGGUUGUAAAACUGGAACAAGAAAUAUUUUCAGAUGACAUUUGUUUUGAAAUAAUUUCCAUGAUUGAUGAUUCAUGGUUUAUUUUAAAUAAUUGUACUUUAAUUUCAAAACAAUUCUUUAAUGUGAUCAAGGAACGUUCAAAACUUGCUAUUCAAUUUAAAAAAAAAUUUACAAAGAAACGAGUUCAAUUAUUUUUGAAAAGUCAAUUUAUGAAUUGUAUUGUUAAUGUUACAUAUUCUGAUUGGUUGCUUGAUUCUUUUGAAGAAGCCAAAUUCAUUAGUGAAAUGAAACAAUUGAUAUCACUUAAUAUUUCUGGCAAUGGAAUUGGUGAUGAAGAAGCCAAAUUCAUAAGUGAAAUGAAACAAUUAACGUCACUUGAUAUUUCUGCCAAUCAAAUUGGUGAUGAAGGAGCCAAAUAUCUAAGUGAAAUGAAACAAUUAACGUCACUUGAUAUUUCUGCCAAUCUAAUUGGUGAUGAAGGAGCCAAAUAUCUAAGUGAAAUGAAACAGUUGAUAUCACUCAAUAUUGGUAAAAAUGAAAUUGAUGAAGGAGCCAAAUAUAUAAGUGAAAUGAAACAAUUAACAUCACUUGAUAUUUCUUACACUCAAGUUGAUGUUGAAGGAGUCAAAUUCAUAAGUGAAAUGAGACAAUUAACAUCACUUAAUAUUUGUGGCAAUCGAAUUGGUAUAGAAGGAGUCAAAUUCAUAAGUGAAGUGAAACAAUUAAAAUCACUUGAUAUUUCUUACAAUCGAAUUGGUGUAGAAGGAGCCAAAUUCAUAA